AUGUCGCUCGCAAAGAGAAACGACGGUUGUCUCGAGUGUCGCACGCGCCGAGUGCGCUGCGAUAAGACAGAGCCCGAAUGCUUCAAGUGCUAUAAAAAGGGGAUCAAGUGCUCGGGCCAGGGUAUUGAGUGCCGGUUCAGCUCCCACAUGAAAUACAGCUCGCCACGACCUUCACAAUCCGCAACUCGCGCGGCUGGAGAUAAUGCCAAAGCUGCGCUGCGUGCACCAAAUCGACUACGAUGGGUCAAUGUAAACAGCAAACAGCCAGGAUCCUCGCCGGAUACAGCGCGAUUGGCUUCUCGCCGAUCUCCCACCACUCCAUCCAAGGCUUCAAAGACACGCCCUAUCAUUGGCCCUACUCUUCCUAAUAUACCCGCAUCUGAUACAGAUUCUUCGGCCGAGAGCUUGGAAGAUGACGUGGAAGAGGUUGUGUCAAGAGAGCUGCAACUCUCCCGCCCGCAGACUGCUAUUCAAGCUCUAUCUCCCCAAGCCAGACAAUUCUUCAACUAUUUUUCAGAGACCAUCGCACCCAAAAUGGUAGUUUUUGACUUUAGUGGCAACGGCUAUCGCAACAUCUUGCUUCCUCUAGCAUGCGAAGAUGAGCUUGUAGGACAGGCUAUAUCCGUCAUUGCAGCUUUCCACCUAUCGCAGCAGGCGCCGCAUAUGCGAAUGGCAGCUGAAGUAGGCCAACAAGCCAUCUUAUCGAAACUGUUUCGCGACUCGCUUCAACUAGAGCCAAAGAGACUUUUCAGCCUAUCAACAUGGGCGACGAUUCUAGUUCUGCUUGUGGGGGACACGAUCACGGGUGCGAAUAACUAUGUGCAUCUGCUUGAGAUUCUCUCAAAUUUGGCAAAGAUGUCCGAUUCGGUAGAGCCUCUAUCUACGACUACAAGGGAUUUCAUCAGAGAGCAAACACGAAUGUUCGAACUCUUUGGAUUUCCGCUGUCCAGCGAAACCAAAGGACUACAAAUGCUGUCGAAACGCCCCGACUACUACCUAGACUUCAUGUCUUCAAGUCCGUCUCUCAAUAAAGACCCGGAGCAGUAUGCCAAUGUCUCUGUCAUGAAAGAAGCUAUUCGACAGGCCUGCGCCUUAUACCGAAAUCGCGCCCUCCACCUCAUCACAGACGAAGAGUCUAUACAAUCAGUUGAACGGCUCCGAGAAACGGUUCUUCAUCUAGAUCCAAGCGUUGACGGGUCCCACGCUCUGGUUUGGACAUAUUUUGUGGCUGCUGCAGAGAGCAUCUUACCCGAUCAUCGAGAGUUCUUCUCACAUCGACUUCAGAGCCUCUACAGCUGCACCCACUUUGGAACCAUUCCCAUCGCCGUGCAGACUCUUGAGCACAUAUGGGCGAAUCAAGGCUCUCAGCGAUGGACCCAAGUAGUGACCCGACACCGCCCAAUUUUAAUUAUGUGA